GCGCACGCGUACGCAACGCGCUGCUACGCCGGCCCAUGCCUCCUAUGCUCCAUCCCUCUCGUGUGCCCAUGCAGGUGCGGCGCGACGACGCACAACGUCCCGUGCAGCGCUGUCGGCGGUGCGGCGCCCGCGCCCGAGAUCCUGUGUGACAGGCCCUACGGCGCGCUACGCGCGUGCGCGCGCCACUAG